GGCAUGGCGGACAACCGCAGCAAUUCGACAACGCCUGAAAUAACUUAUUAUUUGAACAUCGAAAAUGCAAAACUCCUUGCCUUUACAAUGGUUAUGGGGUUCGUUAUGUAUCAUAGCGUUAUACACAUGAAGUAUGGCAAUGACUCCUGCAAGUGGUUGCUUAGUGAUGGUCGUUUCCCAGGAUACAAUACCUGGCAACCAUAUGGUUGUAUGAUGCAUAAGUAUAAAAACUUAGAUGCCAGGAUGUGUAUGCAUUACAUAUCAUAUUGGGGAGGAAACAACCACAUAACCUUCCUAGGUGAUUCACGAAUCCGACAGCUGUACUUUGAAUUUGUCAACCUGUUGAGUCCGACUCCAGUCAAGUCCUACAAGACCCACUCGGAUCUUCAUUUCCGGGACAACAAAAUACACGCCACUGUGGAUUUCCUCUGGCAUCCGAUGGUGAACACCUCCAUGUAUGAGGUGUAUAAGAACUGGAUGAUGCAGGACUUGAAGGACCGCCCCAACCUGGUCAUCACAGGCAGUGGCACGUGGUGUAUAAAGCAGUUCAAUGGAAGUGAGGACGCAAAGAAUAAUUUUGCAGUGAACCUGACCUUGGUCAUUCCGCUGAUGAAGAAGAUGAAGCAGGCAGGAGAAGGCAAGACCAACAUCAUCUGGAUGUUACAAGACCCUGUUGAUGAAACAAGACUGUACGGGAAUAGGAGUUCUAUAACCAACCAACAGAUAGAUAACUACAACAGAGUAGCCCUUGACCAUCUAGAUGACGAAAGUGUGGCUAAGGUAUGGAGUUCAUCACGCCUGAUUGCCCAGGGGAUCAGGGAGAGGUCAGAGGACGGUCUUCAUAUGACAAAGCCUGCACUUAAUCUAGAUGCCCAGAUGUUGAUGAAUAUGUACUGUAAUGAUAACAUGAACCAUGUGGACGGAACAUGUUGUCGUAGUCCAGAAGUAGCCACCACACUCCAGAUCAUUGUUGCUGCUUUCUUCCUUGUCUGUAUGGUUUCUGCUGUUGCCCUGAUGAUGUACAGGAGGAGACUCCGUCGUAUCAGUGUCAAGGCUAGAGCAGAAAACGGCCAGAGGAAUGGUCAGACAUCCAGUGUUAUCGAGCCGUACCAGCCUUGUUUUGAUGUACUUACCUCCCUCGCCAAGUUUGGGAUCAUUAUGGCUUACUUCUAUAUCUGUGACAGAACUAAUUUCUUCAUGAAGGAAAAUAAAUAUUAUACGCAUGUGAACUUUAUUCUUCCCUUUGCCUACGUUAUGAUCUUGGGAUUCUUCUUCACAGAAAAUACGGAUCAGACCGUAGUUUUACACAGGGACCAGACUGAUGAAUGGAAGGGAUGGAUGCAGCUUGUUAUAUUAAUAUACCACUUAACAGGAGCAUCUAAGGUGCUCCCGAUAUAUAUGCAUAUAAGAGUAUUGGUAUCGUCCUAUCUGUUUCUGACGGGCUACGGACACUUCACAUUUUUCUGGAAGAAAGGACAGUAUAGCAUCAUUCGUUACUGUCAGGUUUUAUUCCGGCUAAAUUUCCUGGUAGUCUCCCUUUGUUUUGUGAUGAAUCGUCCGUACCAGUUUUACUAUUUCAUUCCUCUUGUGUCCUUCUGGUUCAUCAUCGUGUACCUCACCAUGGCGAUCUUUCCCCAAGUCACUGCGACCUCUGCGGAAACUAAGAAGAUGCACUACCUGUAUCUGAUUCUGAAGUUCAUCAUACUAGCUACAAUUAUAACUCUAUUCUAUCUCUCUGAGGUGUUCUUUGAGAAGGUGUUCCUCACCCAGCCACUGAAAGCUCUGUUUGUUACCUCGGAUGAUUCCAUACAUGAGUGGAGAUUCAGGUGGAAACUGGACAGAUACAGUGUUUUAUUUGGAAUGCUGUUUGCCUUUGCAUACCAGAUGCUCAUCAAGUUUAGAAUUAUCAAUGACACGACGGAUGAAUCACUUGUGUCUAAAGGUUUCAGUUAUUGUCUCAUGGUGCUCGGCUUCAUAGGACUUGGGAGCUAUGCUGCUUUUGCUUUUGUGUGCAAGAACAAAGUUGAAUGUAAUGACUACCAUUCCUACAUUGUGUUCAUUCCAAUUAUCUCGUACAUAACAGUACGUAAUGUCCCCGGUUGGCUGAGAACAAAAUACAGCUCCUUCUUUGCUUGGUUUGGCAAGAUCUCCCUCGAGUUGUUCAUAGCCCAGUACCACAUCUGGCUUGCAGCUGACACUAAUGGAGUUCUCGCCCUGAUACCAAGUUACCCUGUCCUCAACGUUAUCAUCACCUCCUUUAUCUUCAUCUGUGUUAGCCAUGAGAUCUCCAAAGUCACCAACACGCUGGCCAAGUACUUCGUACCAAAUGAAUGGAAACCUUUGCUACGCAACAUUAUUAUUUUUAUGCUAGUUCUACUUCCUGUGGCGAUCACACACGGUGUGCUAAUGGUUUGAUUAUCAUAUGUAAUUUCCUAGUUAUAGUCUCAAUAUUUUCUGUUAUUUCCGUUCUUCAAAAGGGAAAAAAGUUAAGUUAUUUAUAUGAUUAUGUAAAGUCAUGUUAAUUUUUUUGUUAAAAAAUAAACUGUUAUCUGUAAAUAUAUGGUCGUGUGAAAGUCAGCUGAGUGGUAACAUGUUUUUGUAUAGUUAGAAAACUUGAAUUUGUUAUAUUCGCAUGCAUGAGAUAUAGUGUAAAAAUAUAUAUCCAACAAAUUUUAAUAUAUUAUGUAUAAUUACACACAAUUAUAAAGUUACUGCAGAAUGAUUACAGGCAGGGUUGCGCAAAAUUUAACUAGGUCAGCCUGGGACAGUCAUGAAAUAUUGGCCUCAUGAAAUUUCACAUCUAUACAGUGUGUUAUGAAUGUACUGGUAAUGAUAUUAGUUCAAAGACAAGGGCAGGUCCCUUGUAAGUGUAUAAGUGAGAGUUUUGUAGAUAUAGUAAACUAUAUUCUGGACACAGGGAAAGAUAAAAUACUCUUGUCAGAGGCCAACUCGAUUUGCACCCUUCUCCUUCUAGAAUAUAACUUCCGGUCACUUGAUUUGUAGCUCUUCUGCUUCUGGAAGAUCUUCUACCUCUUCUGUCUCGAAGUUGGAAGAUUUAUCUGCCAAGAUGGCGGCGACAUGUUUAAAUGUGCGAGUGAUGAGUUUCACUAUAGAAGGAUUUAUGAUUUAUGAAAGUUUGUGUCACAGUGAUUGAGAAAACUUAAAAACUUAUUUGUUUUUGGGUUAUGUUCUUUCGGUUUACUCGAUUUACAUAUAAUGGAAUGCGAUCUUCUGAGAAGGCUUCUCUCCGAGAAGGGUGCAUAUCGAGUUGGCUUCAUACGAUACAGGGCUUUCUUACCUACAGGGGCACUUUGUAUUCUUUAGGGAUGAAACAGUUCAUCAAUGAGUAUGAUUUAUGAUCUUAGUAAUCGUUAAGAUGAUAACAAAACAGUUUUGGUUGUUUGACAAAAGUCAUUCAUGUUUGUGUAAAAGUAAGCUUUCAUAAUCAUUGUGUAAUUAUUUGUAGAAUUUUAAUGUCCAUUCCACAUGUGUCAUGGAUAGGCUUUUUGGCAAUUAAUUGGUAAAUGGUCAGUAACAGGAUUUUCUACUGCUUACUACUGACAAAAUCUACAUGUCUAUAUGUCAUUGCACAAGUACAAUAUCAUAUCCAUAUCUUCUAAUCAUAGCACGAUUCAAUUUCUUCAGAAAUUUAAUGAGUGGGACAGCUUUAAGAGAUUACUGAAAUUUGUUGUGUAACUUAAUUAAUUUAGUAAUUACCAGAGUGUGAGCCUGAGAGGCAUCUGUGAUAGGCAAUAGAAUUACAUUAUAUAUUGGUACAAACAGUGCUUUAUAAUUAUCAUAAUUGUAAUUUCAAUAAUUUUCUUGCUCGGUUAAAUAAUUUUCUUGCUCGGUUUAUUUGUGAUAUCUUGCUCUUAGUACACAUGUACUGCAUGUGUUACCAUUUUCUGCUAACUAAAUGUUACCUCAAUCUGUUGUGGGGUAAAGUCAGAAAAGAAAAAAAUCUUUAUAAAUGUAAGAUGCAUGCCAGGGUAAUUCUACUAGUCAUGCAGUAGUAAUGUCAUUUGAAUUGGAUGGUUUUAAUCAGUGAAAUUAAUUUUAGAAACACAUCAGAUAGAUAUCUUAUUAAUAAUUAGGUAUAAGGGUAUAGAUAAUUUUAUAACCAAUAUUGCCAUCUUAGGUGACAUGACUAACAGUUGAGUAAAUUCAGACUGGGGAAAGUCUAGAUUGUUUUGUUAAAUUUUAUUAUUGAUAAGAGUGCAGUGUGUAUUUGUCUUAAAUCAUUGAAUGUGGUAUCUGUAACUUAUAUAAUGUACAAAUCAGCUUAUUAUUUAAUUUAGUCAGGUUUUUAUGUUACUUUUGUUUUCCAUAUAUUAUGUCUACCUGUAGUUUUCAUUCUUGUGUUGUAUGAGAGAUACAUGUUGAACUUAUGGGUACAUAAAGAGGUACAAUGUCAGGCGAAGCUUUCAUGAACAUCCUUAAUGGCUAGUUAAGAUGUUAAGGCUGAUCCUUUUGAUGAGUGUAUAUAGUUAUCAUGUAUUUAACGGUGGGUCAUAAUUAAUACCGGAUAUGUUUAGAUAUUUAAAAGUGGGUAAUUUGAAAGGUAAUAUAACAUUUUCAACUGAUUAUUUAAACAAUUUUACUUAUUUAUUUUAGUAAUAUAGGAGCAAACUAAUUUUCUGUUUGUGUAAUGCUCAAGUUUAUGAGUUUUUACCAAUAUCGAUUCUAUCGAACAAUAUUUCCUAGGGAAAUGUUUCAGUCAAUCUGGUGUAUUGCAGUUGUGCGGUGACACGGAAAUAGCCAUGAUACAUGUUUUCAGUAGUUAUAUAUUAUAUAUUACUGAAAUCUUUGAGGAUGCUGUUUCUACCAAACAACUAUAGCGAGAACCAAUUGCGUGGAUUGGAGUGUAACUAUGGUCAGUUUUAAGUGACAGCUUAGGUACUUAUUCCAGCACUUAAAAAAAAACAAAAAAACUUUGCUUAAAAAAAAAACAAAAAAACUUGGCUUAAUUACUUUAGAGUUAUCUCCCUUACAAAAACAAAUGUUUUCAAAUAUUUGUUAGAGAAUUGAUUAAGCUUCUUAAAAAUGUCUGUAUCUUGUAUGAAAAGUUGUAUUUUAGAUAAUAAUAAGGUAGCAUAAACCCUUCAAUGGAAAUUUAUGAGUGCAUGUAAACAAAUAGAGUGAUGCUUUAGACCCAGUGUGUGCACUAAGGCUGAUUUACUUUGACACUGGUAUCAUUUAAUCGAUGUCCUCAAUUUAGUGUUGAAUGCAUGAACAGCCUCUAUUAUGGUUUAUGUUCAAAUUCCUCUUGUGUUGCAUGUAAUAAAUAAAUGUAUAAAUUUAAGAUGCUAUCUUUAACUAAGAAUUAUAUUCUACUAGUUUGGUAAAAGGAAUUAUGUAGAGUUAGAUAUAUAUAAAUGUACACUGUCAUGUUGGUUUGUGAAUAUUAUCUGAAAUUAUCAGCAUAAUAUGUUAUGUUUAAUUUUGAUUAAUUUCAAAACCAAUGAAGUUCUUGAUUAAUGUCAGAAUGUUUUGGGGAUCGUGAAUCUCACAAAGAACCAUAAGAUGUUAUAUAUGCCAUUCAUAAUCUACUGAAAAAAAAAAAAAAUUUAAUAGGAUUGUCUUGGGCAGUAUUCAUUUAUCAUGGUUCAAACAAUUUAACUGGGCGGAGCAGAAUCGUUUGUGUAUAAGAACUAACAUACUUUACUUAUUGUGGGCCUUGACAAAGACUUUCAUGACCUGCAUAAUAUCAGCAAACAUUUCAAGAUUUAUGACUAAAAUUAAUUUAAAAAUAGAUUAACUGAUUUGUUAGGAUAAUUAAAAUGACAAUUUGAAUGACUCUUAGAUUUAACUGGUUUGUUAGGAUAAUAAGAAUGACAAUAAUUGAAUGAUUCUUAGAUUCAUGUUAAUUCCUUCAUUGGUUAUGGCAGUUUUGAUAUACGAUAUAUGAUCUGUUGAGGGGAUUAUUUUUUUUUGAUAAUAGGCAAAUUAUAAAGAAAAAUGAAGAUUUCAUUGCCAGAAACAUUUCAAUAAAAUCAGCAAUGACUACAUUUAAAUGUAGUUGUUUUGCAUACCCAAAUUUUAGAACAUCAUAUAUUUUUUUUAAAUAGAUGUCCAAUGAUGAAAUCUGCCUCUACACUCCUUUCUAUAGAAUGAUAAUUAAAGACCAUAAUUAGCUCAAUUUGAUUUUAACACAAUUAAAUGUUUCCAUUGUGACGAUAGGAUUGCCACUAUAGGUAGGAUGUAGGUUUAUGGUAUAAUAUUGUUAUUUGGCUGUGUCUUAUGUACAUGCUAUUGUAUAUAUGAAAAUAGGCUGUGUUUGUUUUAAUACUGUGGUAUGUGUCAACCAAGGAUUAAUUUUAAAUGUACUACUUCAAAAGAUGGUAAUAUUGUUUUUAUUAAUAUUUUUAUCAGCUUAUUAGGUCCAAAGGACCAAGGUAAGCUUAUGCCAUUCUGUGGCAUCUGUCGUCUGUCCCCCAACAUUUUAUUCAAAUGACUGCUCCUUCUUAAGUGCUCAUUAAAAUCUAAUUUCAAUUUUCUGGAAGCAUCCUUAGCUGGUUGGGAUUCAAAAGUGUACAGAUGGUGGGGCUGGCCCCUCUAAGGGGCUAAUGGACAGGGUAACAUGAACUGAAUAUGGUUUACCCCCCUUUAGAGGUAGAGGCACAGAACCCAUGAAAUUAAAGGAAGUCAAAAUUGGUUAUUAAUAGUGAGUACUUUUCAGCUUAAUUUGUUUUUAAUAUUCUUUUGAACCAGUAAUUUGAAUUUAAGUUAAAGGAAAUUGUUGGUUGACCGCAAUGCAUGGUACUGAUUAGCAGAUUCAAAACCGGAAAAGUAUUUGUAUCAUUACAUAAGAAUGUUUUGCCAAAAACACUGAAAUAUUCUGGUGAGUGAUACAGGCCCUGAGGGCCUCUUGUUAUUAUGUAAAACUGUUAAUUAUGAUUUGUUGUUGGGAGAAUUGUUAUUGAAUUAAGAUCAAUGUAUAUGACCUUGGUUAAAAUUUAAUGAUUAGGAGCCAUAUAUCAUUUAAUAAUGAUAAAACAAAUAUUUGAGUUGGUAUGAUUUUUUUCGGUGCAAAUAUAAUGUUAUAAAUUUCAUUCUGUUCAUCAGAGACUUAAAAAAAUACUCAUUCUGUGUUUGUUCAUAGCAACCCCUGCAGAUAAUUAUGUAAUGUUUCAAUGUUGUUUAAACAGUACAAUGUAUUUCAUUUCCAAGGACAAACACUUGUUAUAUACGGUAGUCAGUAUUGACUCUAUGAAACAGUAUCCGUUAGAUACUUAUGUAAAGGGGUCGAUGACCAUACCCUAUGUACUUCUAUAAAGAGUCUGAGACUGACAUUACAUGUAUAUUAAUGAUUUUUCUAUUGAGAUCACGGAGGACCCUUCCUGUCUGAAAUAAUUCUGACGCUGUAUUCACACAGAUUUUCUUAUCCCAUGAUAUACACCUAUCCAGUACACAUUCAUAUACCCAGUAUUGAAGUUUAAAUCCAUUUCAUUCUGUUAUGUUUUUGAUUUUCGAUCCAAUAAUAAUGACAAGUUUUUUCUCCUUUUGUCUAAUUUCUUCAAUCUUCUGUUAGUAUUCCGGAAAAAAUCUAACAACCUUAAUUAUUUUUGUUAUUUUUUUUUAAUUGUCGUAUGGGAAACUGAUUUUGUAUAUUAUAGGCUCUUCGUGGGUCACCUUUAAAACAAUCAUGUCAUGAUUGCUCAGUCUGUUAGAGCACUGGCCACUUUACCUCCAGUGAAAAUCCGAGGUGCAAGGUUCAAAGCUCCCUACUGUGUCGGUUUAUGUUUCUCGCGAAGCUGAGAAAUGAGCUGUUAUGGUUAUGUCCUUGGGAAAGACACUUUACCCUAAGUGUUCUGGAUGGUAUGAGAAGGCCUCCGAUACGUUGUUCAAUGAGGUAGUCACUAACUACUACAAGGAGACCCCUCAUCAAAAUGACUGUUCACGGAAAUAUCAUAAAUCAAGCAAAUUAACAAACAAAACAAUGUUGUAAAGACAUAUUUUCUCUGAAGUUUGACCAAUAUAUAUAAAUACAAUCCUAUAGAAUGCUAGGUUCUUCUAUUACAGUGUUUGUUUUUAAUCAGUAAAAUUUGUUUAAAUUUCUGGGUCUUUUUGAACAAAAACAAAAUCUUAUUAUACCAUUGUAAUGUUUGGUUGGCCAUUUUGUAUAGUUUGCUGUUUAUCCACUGUAAUGUCGACAUCAGCAGUAUAACAAGGUUAUAAUCAAGGAGUGACAGUUCAAAAUAGAUUUACAGUAAUCAUUUUGUCAUUAUAUUUUGUAUCUGAAGAUAUGUAUAAAAUUACUCUUUUCAGUCACAGACAGAAUAAAAUGUUGCUUUCUUCAAAAUUG